AUGAAUAGCUCUUUGUUAAGCUCAGACGCCAACAGAGUCAAUGCAGCCGAACUCAACACCAAGAUAGAUGCCGCAAUCAAGAAGUCGGGCACCGACUGGGAUAACCUGCCCGAAGGCCAUGCGCUGCUCAAAAUGUCCGCCAGGCUAGGCGAGCUCAUCAAGGAAGCUGACUAUAGCGAGAUGUAUGGUGUUGAGCUGUCUGCGCCUACCGAAGAGUAUANNGGCAAAGCAGCACCAUUCAGCACAUUACUCAUCCUCCAAAAGUUCCUCCGCGCAAACCAAGGCCAGGUCAACAAGGCAUGCGAACAAUUGCAGGGGGCGCUGAAAUGGCGCAAAGAGUUCAAGCCGCUGGAGGUCAAAGACCAAGUGUUCGACAAGGCCAAAUUCGACGGCUUGGGCUACAUUAUGCAGUUGAAGAAUGUCCCCGACAGCCCCAAUGAAACCGACAUUGCAACCUUCAACAUCUACGGCGCAGUCAAAGAUACGAAAAAGACCUUUGGCGAUCUCGACGAGUAA